CGCGAACCCAAAUAACUGCUGUUUGUAUUUCUUCUCGCCACCGGGCUUCGUUCUUUUGCCUUCAGUGUCUGUCGAUUCACUCUCCCCCGUGUUCAUGAAAGCUCCUCGCGUCAAAUUCCGUCCUUCGCUUCACAGAGCUAAGCUCUGCGCCGUUGUUCGACUGAAAAUGAGGCUUUGCUUCUCAAGAAUCGCUGCAGACUAUCGCUGAUAUGCAGUGGCUAGCUCUGCCUAGAGACGGAGCUCCCAUCAACUUUCUCAGGGGAAGGUAAAGCAUUGUGCACACGAACGUUCCAGAAUACAGGUGUAGUAUUGCAGAAUUCGUGCAAGCGCUAACUCACGAUGAAAGCCCGCAUGCAAGACGGAGUCGUGUACUCUCCUUUUCCCAGCGCGGAUAUUCCUUCUUGUUCAGCCUACACGGUCAUCGAGGAAGCUCUAUCCAGAAAUCCGGAACGGGUGGCAUUUAUUCAAGGUUCUAUCAAAACAACUAGAGCGGAGUUAUUAGCGCUCAUGAAGUGCUAUGCCGUGGGUUUCCAACAGCAAGGCAUCGGUCCGGGGGAUCGUGUGUGCGCCCACCUAAAGAACAGCCUCGAGAACCUUGCGGCAAUGUACGGCUGCAUUUUCGCUGGAGCAACACUGGUGCUGGCGAAGACUUCCCUCACCGAAAGAGAGCUGCGUGGGCAGAUCGUCGACAGUGACAGCACACAUGUUCUUACAGACGUUGAACUGGCCGAAAAAGUGACGAAAGCAAUUUUGUAUCUUGAUCUCAAGGGUCUAUUAGCAAUGGGUCCUGUGUCUGGUUUCACGGAUGCCGCAUCAUUCAAGUACCUGGACCAGUCCUUCUUCAGAGAGUGCCCCGUCGGAGACCCGAGGGAAGCAGUCUUCGUUGUUGUCUACACGUCGGGCACCACGGGACUUCCGAAGGGCGUCGAGCUCACUCACCAUAGCUUCGUAGCCAACUUCUGCAUAUCAAAGCCUUGUAUGUCAUCAGAUGAAACGGAUACUAUGCUCGCUUCGGCUCCUAUCGGCCACCUGUCUGGACUGGUGCUCGGAUUGAUGGCUGUUCUCGAUGGAUCGGUCUGCGUCCUUGCGCAGCCAGGCCUCAGCCUUCAAGAAAUCACUGAACUUGCUGAUGAACACAAUAUUACGUCUAUGUUCUCAUUUCCGACGCGACUUCAGACUUUAGCAGAAGAGAUGCUCCGUGACGGAAAAGCAGAUCAGGAAGCAUUCGUCGCAUCGGCGUGGCCGGUGGUGUACUUUCACAAGCACGGUCAGUUAGCAAUGGGUCCUGUGUCUGGUUUCGUGGAUGCCGCAUCAUUCAAGCACCUGGACCAGUCCGCCUUCAGAGAGUGCCCUGUCGGAGAUCCGCGAGAAGCCGUCUUCGUUGUUGUCUACACGUCGGGAACCAUGGGACUUCCGAAGGGCGUCGAGCUCACUCACCAUAGCUUCGUUGCCAACUUCUGCAUAUCGAAGCACCUCACUGAGACAAUCGGAAAUAGCUACAAGGCCACGAAGAUGGCCAUUGGGUACUUUCUGGUGGAGGUCAAGAGCGAGACUCCGUAUGAGAAGUUCACUGACCUUGUAGUGGACCCUGUGAGUAGAGUCAAGCUGGGUCCAAAUGAGCCAGGCGAAAUCUGCUUCCGUAUACCGACAGUGAUGCGUGGCUAUUACAAGCGACCAAAAGAGACAGCGGAAUUCUUUGAAGGAAAUGGCUGGUGCCGAUCAGGUGAUUGA